CCUUGAAUUUAAAAUACAAGUCAUCACCGCACGGGGAGAGAGACGUUCGAAGUUGCUUUAUGUGCACAAGAACCGGGUGGUUUUACUAACUAUAUUAUACUUUGUACAUCAGUCGUACGUAUUUGACAGGCACUGUCGACCUAAUGCCGUGGUUGUCAUGAUUCGUUCCGUUUGUAAAGUUUUCUGGGCUUGCUGGCCAGCUAUCAAGCUAACUAGGUCGGCAACAUUGUAGCCUGCUGUUAUCACUUCAACAAUCUUCCCUCCCGCUGGAGAUCUGCGACUGUUGCAAGUAGUUUUUGGGCACUUCUGUCAAAAUAACCAUGAAUGGAGGAGGCUGUCACAUGAGUGGCGAAGGAGGUGACAGUCGCGGGGGUGAAUCUGGAUCAAGACCCACUAUCACGCUAGAGGACUUGGAUGCCUUCGACGAGGAUGACUUCGAUUCAGACCUCUGCAGCAGCGGGGGGGCGGAUGGAGAAAACGAUGCUAUGGAGGAAGAGGGUCAGGAUCGCCUGUUAAACUACUGGCAGGACAUUGGCAGAGUACAUCAUGUUCAAGUUCCCCAGGACAUGGCCCAGCCCAUCCAACAGCUCACCUCAGACACAGAGAGCACGACGGACAGGGAGAAAGUCCCCUUCACACUGAUCACAUGCAAAGAGAAUUAUGAGAAGAGAGUCUACAACCAGGCCAGCUGGGCGUGUAUCACUGUGCGAGAGGACACGUACGAGCAGAGCAUCUGUGCCGGCUUCAUGAAGCUCAUGAGAUAUAUCUGCCAGCAGAAUACCUCAGGUAACUACCUGGGUAUGACCCUUCCCAUUGUGACGGUGGUGAGGACUGAUGACUCUCGCUCCAGCCUGUCCAGAGAUGUGACGGUGGCCUACUACUUACCGUCCAAACACCAGGACCAACCCCCCACGCCCUUUGACCCUGACAUCACCAUGGAGACAUGGCCUGCCACCGUGGUCUACAGCAGGUCGUUCAGUGGACCCACCACUGAGACCUCUAUCCUAGGGGAGAUCCAUGCUCUGGGCGAGGUGCUGGACUCUCCACAGCUGUGUGUGAGCGAGUCCUUCAUCGUGGCCGGCUAUACCAGCCCCGCAGCCGCACACCGACACAACGAAGUCUGGUUCCUGGAGCGCUGCUGAAGUGGCUAUGUAGCACUACAUUUUUAACACAAAGUAAACAAAUGAUACACUCAUUACAGCGAACCAAAUCGAAAACCUCACACAAACCAAAAAUUGGGUACAGUUUACGUCAAGGAAACGAGUACACAAGUAUGCUUCAUUUUUAAAUAUAUUUUAAUAGGGCUGUGGUCUCAGGCAGAUAAUAAAUAUAUAU